CGUGCCCCUAUAGAAGCGGGACCCCCGGUGCUCGGCUGCUGCUGACCGCCCUGGAGUCCUGGCUGCCGGGAGACAUGUUCCGAGAGUCUCCCUCCCCGGGGGAGAGCAGGGAGAACGGCCUGGAGGAGAUGGACCAGGAGGAGCAGGACCAGGAGGACCAGGACCAGGAGGAGGACCAGGAGGACCAGGACCAGGAGGACCAGGACCAGGAGGACCAGGACCAGGAGGACCAGGAGGACGAUGAUCUGGACGACGAGCAGGACGCCUCCCAGCUGGAGCGGUUCAUGCGGGACCGGAGGAGAGCCAAGUCCCUGCCGGCCUACCCGGCCCUGCUCCCGGGGGACCUGCCCGGCGGCCCCGGGAGGAAGCGGGUCGUGUUCGCGGACUCGAUGGGUCUGAACCUGGCCAGCGUGAAGCACUUCAGCUCGCUGGAGGAGCCCCGGGUCCCGAGCAAGGUCCUGUCCCGGUACCGGAGCUUCCCUCCGCCGCAGCAGGAGCCGCUCAGCGACCGGGGCCAGGGCUUCCGGUCCCGGCUGGACACGGGCCGGCUGGACCCGGGCCGGCUGGUGGCCUGCUUCCCGGAGCCGCGGGACCCGGAGCUCCGGGUCCGGCAGCUCCGGGUCUGCCUGGAGAGGAUCACCAUCACCCGGUUCGACGUGCGAGGGCAGAUCCGGGUGUUCGGAGGCGGCUCGGCCCGGGAGGUCGGGGUCCGGUACACCUUCAACGACUGGAGGUCCUGCGUGGACGCCCAGGCCCUGGUCCUGGACCUGGAGGAGCCGGGCCUGGUCCUGGUGGAUCCGGUUCUGGUGGGGGAGCGGUUCUCCUUCACCGUGUACCCGCCGCCCUGCAUGCAGCCCGGCUCGGCCGUGCACUUCGCCCUGUACCUGAGGACCCGGGACGGGGACUUCUGGGACAACAACCAGGGUCAGAACUACAGCCUCCGGUACCGGGACCCACCCGGACCCACAACCCACGUGGGCCACGGCAGCAACGCGUUCCACGCAGUCUGACGUGUGUGUGUGUGUGUGUGUGUGUGUGUGUGUGUGUGUGUGUG